GGAGCCCUUCCUGUGCUAGUCAGCUGUGAUGUCCUGUGUUAUGUAGCCGUGCACUGUUGUUUACAGGCGGAAUAAGCAUUAUAUUUGAACACUUAAUACACACUGUACAUUAUGGGGGUUUUGUGUUUAGCCCGUGGUGCGUUCACGUCCGUCGGAAAACACACCGCUCGACAUUUGUGCGUCUCAGCUCCAGCAGGUGUCCGUGUGAGAAGGUACAGCCAGGACACCGACCAGAGAGAUGUGCCGGUCCGACUCGUGUGCUAUCACCUUCCCCACAGGACCUUGCUUAAAAUCCAGGGACAAGACACCAGCCCGUUCCUGCAGGGGGUCAUCACCAAUGACAUGGGGCUGCUGGAGGAGCCAGGACUCCCAGCUAUGUACUCACAUAUGCUCAAUGUACAAGGAAGAACCCUGUAUGACAUCAUGCUGUACAGUCUGAAAGAAGCGGAAGGAGGACAGGGUGUUUUCCUGGAGUGUGACAGCACAAUUAAGGACUCAAUCUUGAGACAUUUGAAGAUGUACAAGCUCCGCAGAAAGGUCAAUAUAAACCCCUGUCCAGAGCUCUCUGUAUGGGCCGUGCUUUCCAAGCAAAAGGACGCAGGUCAAGAGGCCAGUAAACCUGAGCUCUCCUCCCCAGAUAAAGCUCUGGUAUGGGAAACCGAUCCUCGAACUCAGGAAAUGGGCUGGAGAUUGGUGUUGGACAGUCAAGUUGACCCCUUGGAUGUCAUUCCAUCAUGUCAGAAAGGUGUCACAGCGGAGUAUCACAGACACCGCUAUGCAAUAGGACUUCCUGAGGGAGUGAGGGACCUUCCCCCUGGGGUGGCACUACCGCUAGAGUCAAAUCUUGUCUACAUGCAGGGUAUCAGCUUUAGCAAGGGCUGUUACAUCGGCCAGGAGCUCACAGCCAGGACUCAUCACACUGGGGUGGUUCGGAAACGCCUGAUGCCAGUACGCUUGUCAGCCCCAGUCCAAGACCCAGAGGAAGGAGCUGCGCUGCAAACGCAGUCGGGCAAGCCAGCAGGGAAGCACCGAGCAGGGGUUGGGGAGCUGGGCCUGAGCCUGAUCCGCUUGGCUCAUGCCAAAGAAGUGUUGACACUCAAAUCUUCUGACGACACCACGGUGGCACUUGAGGCUUCUGUGCCAGACUGGUGGCCUAAAGAUGUGAACAUAAACUGAAGAGGAGGAUGUUUUAUAGUUCCCUCAAAUGUGACACAAUCUGACAGACCUCUCACUGACAGAACCCUGAAGUACAGUAUGUUACACUGUCAUUGCUUAACAGCUGUGUGGCACCAAUCCAUAUUUCUGAGUAUUUUGUUAUCUUUGCAGUAAUCUACUUUUUAGGGGUGAUUUUUUUCCCCAACUGUAAAGUAUUAUUUACCAUAGAAUUAUAUUUAAAAUAUCUAUUGCAGCACUAUACAACGUGAUAUACUAACAGUGGUAUGGUAUUGAUGGUUGUUGAAUAAAUAUGCA